CGAGCUGGUGCGGCGGGCGCUGCGGCGCGCGGCGGCAGUCCGUCGCGCCGCGCGCACCGAGCCCCACGCUCCGCAGCGCCCGCCGCGCCCGCUUAUCAAAACAUUCCCGCAUUGGGAUCGAUCCGCAUGUCUUUACGCGCCGACCACUGAUAACGACUCUCCGUGACUCUGUGCCCCGAGUGCUGCUGGAUACACUCCCUAAAUACUGACGUGUUUGUGUUUGCCAUGUGAUUUGCCUUCUGAUUUUUUAAUUAGACAGUUCAGGAUAAUUACUGAGUUUCAAGUUUUAUAAUCAAGGAUCAAUUGGAGCGUCGCGUUGCCUGCGCCCGCGCCGCCUGCAUCGCUGUCUCCCCCAUGUGCACUGGUAUGAGAGCAGAGGGCGCGUGCGGAGUGGCGCGAUGGUUGCGUGAUCGGUCAUCAUGCGCCUCUUCCGCGGGCCGAAGCGCAGGGAAGUGACCGGGCCGCGAGCCGUCGCGACGCCGUCUCCGCGCAGAGACGCCGCCGCCGCAGACAUUGCCGACACCGCGCCGCACGUCGCACACGACUUUACGCUUGUAACCGCACUGCCAGCCAUGGUUAUGGAAGAUGAUGUCAAGGAGAUGAAGAAAGUGUUUGCUACGUGGGGUCGCCGUAUGGGGAAGAAACUUGAAAUGUUGAAGAAAACAGAUACUAAAGAAAUUUUACAAGAAGACCAACCUAAUGAGGAGUUAAAGGAAGAACCCACUGUUCCUACUGGACAGUAUAAGAAAAAACAGCACUGGAAAAUGGGUCGUAGCAGUUCAGACUCUACUUCAUUAAAAAGAGAUACUGAUACUGAUUCUAUCCGGAGCGGAUCCAGAGACAGAUCACCGAGCCCUUUUAAAUCAUUUUUUCAUAGAAUGGGUUCCACGGGAAUGUUGAAUUCUGCCAAAUCGCAAUCACUUAACAUGCACAAAACACCUGAAAACUUUCCAGUUGCAAAUGGUCCUUCUUUGUAUCGCAGUUGUUCAACUUCACAUCUUUCUACAUACGUAAAAGCUGAUGAUCCAUCAGACGAUAUUGACUUACAAAAUGCGGACAAUGAGAGCAAAACUUCUCCUAAAAAACACAACACGCUGACGGAAGACACUUUGGUAACAUCUUCAGCGAAAGCGGUUAGUUGUGAUAAUAUUAACAAUUUAAAUGAUGGCCAAACAAGCAAUGGAGCUUCUAAGAAACCAAAUUUUCCUUACGCAUUCUUACGAUCUAAGUUAUCAGUUUUGCCUGAAGAAAACAGCAUAGCUUCACAGCAAAGAACUAGCUCAAUCAGACAAAGUUUGUCUGAAAGAAUUGAUAGAAAAUCUCCGAAAUUCCGAAAAGACAGAAUUUGUCUUACGAACUCACGAUCAGAAGAACGAUAUCAGAGCAGUGAUAGCAUAUCUAUUCAUGACGAAAACUUAUUAUUUAAUAGUGCAUUAAGAAAAGAUUACGAUUUUUCCCGAAGUUCUAUGAGAAGUAUCAAUGAAAUAGAUGGCCGUAUGUAUCCGAUUGGACGUAAUGACGAUGUGCCACGUAGAUCCUCAAUGGUUUCCCAUAGAGCACCUUUAGAUUAUGAUCCAAUGCUUAUCCCACGUAAUAGGAAUAGUUUACCCGUAUAUGAAUAUGGUUCAGUGCUAGGUUCUAUGCGAGACAUAAAAACCGAAAUUACUUCAUCUACUCAAAGCAUUCACCAUGGACCGGAAAAUGUUGAAGUGCAAACCCAUCGCCUUAGUAAUUAUGUAAGUUCCAACGAGUCUGGAUAUGAUAGUGAUGGUCGGCCCACCGAUGACCAUAGCAACCAUUCUCCGCCAGGAUAUUCUUCUCAUUUUAAUCAUGCAUCGAUUCGAAAGGAAUCAAUGGACCUGACUUGUGAUGGGAAUCCUGGAAAUUUCUCAAGACAAUAUAGUUUAAACCAAAAAAUUAACUUUGGCCGUGUACAAGUUCCGGUUCGACGAAGUUCCACCCCCUGUGCAUUAUUUCCCGUAGAGAAAAGUAAUUCUUAUGAAUAUGAAAAUGAUAACAACCAUAAAUUUCCAAGUGAUAGUAUAAAAAAUACAAAUUUUGAUCACAUAGACUCAAAACCACCACCGCUUCCAAAGAAAACUCUCAGUAAAAAGCAACCUUAUGUCUACAAAACGAUAACACUAGAUGAAAGAGUUCAAACAAGAAAAAUAAAAUUUCUACACUCACAAUUACUUCCUGUUGAACAUGCAUCAAAUCAAGAUAUUACUGCUGAUAGUCCGUCGCAAAUGCCACAAGUUGCUGAAACUGAUAUUUUCGGUAGAGGACCUUGUACAAAACGAUUUAGAAAAAUAAGAUUACUAAAAUCAAGGCUAGAUGAGAGUCUUGGUGUUUACUUGGCACAGCACAGAGUGGAUUUUGAUAGCAGUGGUUCAAAUUAUGAAAUACGAUACAUUGUUGUGAAAUUAGAUUUUGAUGGAAUAGCCCAUAGAGAUGGAAGAUUGCGAAUUGGCGAUGAAAUCGUUAAUGUUAAUGGUAGAGUAUUGCGAGGACUGUCAUCACUAAAAGAAGUUCAACACAUAGUCAAUUCUUGUUCGACCGAAGCAACGAUAGAAGAUGGUGCAUUAUUUCAAAGAUACCAAGUCGACCUAGUGAUGGCUCACGACGAAAUUACACCCAUAACAUUAAGUAGAAUAAUCAACAACCAGCCUUUAGAACAGAAUACUGUCACUAUCCCAGCAUCCAACGUUCCUCCUGAUAUAAUAUCACAAACUGUGCAUAAGCCGUUGCCUUCCAAUCAAAUAACAAUCGAGACACAUUUUCCUGCUGAAAAACAAUUUUAUAACCGCGAUGCUUCGAAUAGAACCAAAGAACAUUCAAGUGAACAGAAAAGAUAUGAGUCAGAACAUCAUAAAAAAUGCGAAGUUGGUAUUCAAGUAAACAACGCUCCGAUGCUGUCUAACCAGAAGAGUGACGACGAGAAGUUGUUAGAGAGGCAUUGUUAUUCACAAUCUGCGUCUUUGCAAAACAUCACCAACAUUGAAAUCUCUCUUAGAUCAUCGCCAACACCGCGGUCAAACCAGGGAAAUAACUAUAGGCCAAUAUCAUUUCAUACCACUAGACCACCAUCAACUACUGCGCCUUAUUCUAUCUAUAAUGACAACGCAACUAACGAAAUCAAAGAGAACUUCUCACACUACAUUAAACACGUGCCAAGGCUCUACCAGAAUAGAUCAUUCGAAAGUAUUCCAGAACAAUUGAGAAAUAGUAGUCGCAGUAGAUUUUUCAGCAGAGUUGGAUCUCAACGAUGCUCUCCGAGCCCGGGUCCCCAUAUAUCAAGGCUCCAAGAACACUCUGCAGCUUCACAUCAAGAUAACCAGCAUGGCGGGCAUUAUGCGCACAGUUCUUUACACAGAGUUGAAUUUUGGAAAGGCCAAGGACAUAAAAGUCUUGGUUUUAGUAUCGUUGGAGGAACUGACUCACCCAAGGGACAAAUGGGUAUUUUUGUCAAAACGGUGUUUCCAAAUGGCCAGGCUGCUGACAAGGGCACUAUUUUUGAAGGUGAUGAGAUUCUGUCAGUAAAUAGUGUACCGACACGCGGACUGAGUCAUGCUGGUGCUAUUUCUCUUUUCAAGCAAGUAAAGGAAGGAAAAAUAGAACUGACGCUUUCAAGACGAAGAGCACCUAGGUCGAGAUCUGUGGAACCUCUCGGCAAUUUUCGCGGUGACGUGAAACGGGAAUAAUAUUAUUUAUUUAUAUCCCAAAGAGACAAUGGUGUUUUCGAGUGCAAUAAUACACUUUAUUAAUUAUAGCCAAAGGCAAAUCUAAGAUGCUUGUUUCACUGUCACUUAACAACAUUGUGAAUAUUGGUAUUAAAAUAAUGGAUAUAUUGUUUAGGGUGACAUUGUAUCGUAAUAAUGUUUAUCAUCCGUCACAGUAAAUGUACAUCGCCUUACAAAUAAAAUAUUCUUAUGGCAAAUAAAAUAAAUAUUGGUUAAAUGGGCUA